UUUGGGGACCAUAGGGGCGCCAGGCCCCUGCCCCCCCCCCGUCUCCGCCCCUGCGCCGAGCACGCCACGAUCGACGGUGUCGGUGUAUGGGAUUGGUCCGGCUCCGCGCACGACGAAGGAACUGAGGCGGCCGAGUGGUUCUCCGCCUACCUAGGAAAGCCCAGCCGGCUGGUGCGCUUCAAAGAAGGUUCGGAAACUAGACCGACCGAUCCCGACUAUGCUCAAGGUUACAAGGUCAUGUUCGCUGAUGCCUUCCCGAUUCUGAUAGCCUCCCAGGGAUCGUUGGAUGCGCUAAACGAGAUUCUUAAGGAGCCGGUACAGAUGAAUCGCUUCAGAGCAAAUAUUAUAGUGGAUGGAUGCCAUCCAUACUCAGAGGAUCUGUGGAAAACAGUGAAGACCAACUGGCUAACAUUCAUAUGUGUCAGGUUACGCGACUGCUGCCAGGUAAAGAUACUGAUCAGUGAUACUGUUAUUAUUUACUCCCCUGGAGUCUUUAGCAUUCCUAUCUGAUCCAUUUUUAACACUAUAAAUCCGUAAGUGAUAAAGCAUGUAGAGUGUUGCUUCUCAUUUUGCUUCACGCGCUCCUGGUAUGUGGCACUUAGCUUAAUCAUACUAGUACCAUAAUGGAUGUAGCUCAAGACGUUAACCCGAUAUUCCUGUUGUUAUGAAUGUCGAACAGUGUAUUUUUUUUAGACAAAAGGUUUCCCCGGCUUUAUUACCAGAACAAAGCGUACAAAAGAGUUCAAGAGUGCUAGGACAGCGUACAGGGCGCACCCGCACAACUAGAAGGCUCAAAAUCCGGGCCACUCAUGACAGCAGCCGGCAAAGGAACGAACGACAGGACAUCUACUUGCGGAAGCAAGGGCUCACCCCCUCCCUGAUCCGCAGCGCUGGAGACCUGCUGGGACAGAGUAGACGGGACACUCCCAAACUUGAUCCCUCCAUAGCGCCCAUGAUCCUCGGCACUCUUGCUCCCAGCAGCUCUAGCUUCCCAAUAUAGUCCUCCAUCACUGUACGCUUGUCGUCCUUGAGCAGUAUCUUCCAUCCCUCCAACAUCCUUGCCACCGAUCCAAGCACCGGUUCCACAUCUCGCCAGCAUUUUCCCUGAAAACAUAAACCAUUUCUUAGUUUCCAUAUAACCCAAAGAGCAGCUGCGCACACACAAUUUAGGAUUUCAUUCUAAAUUAUAUGAGAUCACUUAAUUCUUUCUUCAUUUUCUUUUCAUCAUGAGAUCAGCGACAAUUAUAUGAUUCAGGAUUUUUUAAAAAAUCUUAUGUCCUGCAUAGCAAUAAUUCAAGUAAGUUAACUGCUGAUUGCGGCGAUAUUACAGCCUAAUUUGCUAUGGGCGUACUUUUUAGGAAACAUAGAAACCAAUAAAUUUGAGAAUAAGGUGUGCACCCUUUACUUUGCAAGACAACACAAAAGAAACCAUUGCUCAGCUUCUUCGUUGACUGAUUCAGGUUCCUAACGUUGAUCAAGAAAAUGCGACACCUGGCAUCGAACCAAAUGAAACUCUGAGGACAUUUCGGUCUGGUGAAGUUCUGUGUCCAAGCCACAAAAAUAAACGGCAGUCAAUUAUCUCUUGCAAACAAUCUUCUCUUUGUUCCUCAUCAGACAAUUAUGGGCAUCUUAUCUGUGACCUUAUUACUUUAGCAUGCUCAAGAAGCAGGUUUUAUAAUGGUGGCCUAAUUCAUUGAAGACUGACAAUCCUUUUCUAUCGAUCGCUGUAGGUGUUCUUUGGCCAAAAUCUAGUCUGCAAGGAAUCCCUUUCAGCAAAUGGCAAAGGAAGGAUCAUCAAGGUCGGCGACCCGGUCUAUGUUCUGCAGUCAUUCUCUUCUCAUGAUGAAGCUCCAGCCUGAAUCUAUUAUGCAACAACUGCCUUCUGUUUGUUGUCAUAAUGUGUGUGCAAGGGACUACCAGCUAGAUGGAUAAUUGUUGCUAGCAACACCUAUGUAUAUCAGUAUAUUUCAAACAGAGUUCAGAAAUUCAGAAACUGUCUGUGUGGUUGUCUGUCCGAAGUUCAGAAAUUCAGUAACUGUGUGU